CCCAGCCUGAACCGCCGUCAUCCGAGCUACGGAGCUCAUCUGAAACGCGAGAGGAGACGGUUGAUGCAAGGCGGCAACGGCGGCGGCGGUGGAGGAGGGUGCAGAGAAGGAGAUUGGGAGUGCGGCGGAUGUAGGAACAAAAACUACGCCUUCAGAAGCUUCUGCAACCGAUGUAAGCAGCCCCGUCUUUUGGUAGACAACAAAACUCCUCCAGAUUCCAAGUGGCUCCCCCGUAUUGGAGACUGGAUUUGCACGGGUUGCACUAACAACAACUAUGCAUCAAGAGAGAAUUGCAAAAAAUGUGGACAACCAAAGGCGGUGGCCUCAAUGCCAGCAGUUUCAAUUCACGGUUCAACUCUCCCUACACAUCCAAAUUAUUUUUCUGGGGUAAAUGGACAAGCAAUCCAACAUGCGCCAUUGCCAACCUCCCAGUGGUCUUCUUUAGCACAUGGUGAUCAUUAUGCAGUGCAGCCAGCUUCUACGUGGGCUUUGUCUGGGAGCAACAGUGCUGGAGUUCCAUAUGCAUUUGCAAAUGGGUGGCGUCAUGGUGACUGGUUUUGCAAAUGUGGGUUCCACAAUUAUUCUUCUCGGGCACAGUGUAAACGGUGUGAUGCUUCUCUGCCACCAUCUUCGGCCUCUUCUUUCAGCAGCUCAGCAGUUACAGCUCUUGGGACAAAGCGUCUAGCAUCAGAAGAACUUGUUCGUGACUGGGAAAACAAGAGGCUAAAUGCUGGACAUCCAUCAUACUCGACCUUUGGAAGUGGAAACACGAUGGAGCUUUUGAAUUUGCAUGGCAACCUACAUACGCUUCCUGCAGCACCCACACUCCUUGGGAAGGGGGCAAAACAGUGGCGCGAUGGGGAUUGGAUGUGCACGAAUUGCAAUAAUCACAACUAUGCAUCUCGGUCACAAUGUAACAGGUGCAAAACUCAGAGAGAGACGAGUGCCCAACCGGUCAGUGUUGUCUAGUUCUCAGUUCAAAACAACGUUUCAUUAUCUUGCAGCUUCAUUGUGGUAUACUCUUGAGUACUCAUCUUUCUCCCUUGUUUUUCUGUUUGAUGUUGGGAAUGAGGUUUGAGUGAUUCUGGUUGGGAGUCGAAGGGGUUUUUUUUCCUUCUCCAUCAACAUUGUUGAAGACGAGAAUGGGAAUAUUAUUUUGAGAUGGAGAUAGGAAUUUGUUUGUGUUAUUGUUGUCUAGCUUCUACUAUACACAGAGUAUGUUAAUUUUAUUGCUAAAGUUUUCUUGAGACAUGACUAUCAUAACUAUGUCGAUGCUGUUUUUUUGGGUCU